CUCUUCCCAGCUCCUUCAGUUAGAGUCCGCACCAGCCUGAAUGCAAUUUCCAUGCAUUGUUUCAGUCUGGAAAUGAAACAAUUUUCAUUAAUGGAAACCUGGUUCUCAAGCAGAACAAUUAGACCCACUUCAGGUUGAAAAAAGAUAAAAGCAUGCUAAUUUGGAUGGAGGACUCUUCUUUCAAGGCAGCCAAUUGAGUCAUCAGCCAGCCACCCACCUGACUGUCUAACAGCAGCUUCCUGGAGUUCCUGGCAGCAAAGCCGUCAUGGCAGACCUGGGCUGCAAAAAAAACAGCGACUGCACCGUCUCCAGGCUCCUCAGCGUAGUGGAGAGUGAACUGCGGGCUGGGAGAGACAAAGGCGACCCCACGGAGAAACAGCUCCAGGUCGUCUUGGAGGAUGCGACGCUCUGGCAGAGAUUCAGGGAAGUCACUAAUGAGAUGAUCGUGACCAAGAAUGGCAGGCGGAUGUUCCCCGUUUUGAAGAUCAGCGUGUCAGGCUUGGAUCCAAAUGCCAUGUACUCCUUCCUGCUGGACUUUGCUCCGACUGACGGCCAUCGCUGGAAGUACGUCAAUGGAGAAUGGGUGCCAGCUGGGAAACCAGAGCCACCGAACCACAGCUGUGUCUACAUCCACCCAGACUCUCCCAACUUUGGGGCCCAUUGGAUGAAAGCUGCCAUUUCCUUCAGCAAAGUCAAACUUACCAACAAGCUCAACGGGAGUGGGCAGAUAAUGUUGAACUCCCUGCACAAAUACGAGCCCCAGGUGCACAUAGUUCGCGUAGGAGGCCCCCACCGGAUGGUGAUGAACUGCUCCUUCCCUGAGACCCAGUUCAUAGCGGUGACUGCCUACCAGAAUGAGGAGAUAACAGCUCUCAAAAUCAAGUAUAAUCCCUUUGCCAAAGCCUUCCUGGAUGCAAAGGAAAGAAACCAUUCUAAGGAUGCUCCAGAGACAGUCUCCGAAGGUCAACAUAUGACUUAUUCUCACUUGGGUGGCUGGUUGAUUUCCAACCCGGAUCCGAUGUGUGCCUCGGGAAGCUCUAAUUACCAGUACGGCGGACCUUUGCCUCUGCCCGCCCCGCAGGCUCCCCACAGCUGCGAGAGGUACUCAGCGCUGCGAGCCCACCGGGCUGCUCCGUACCCACCCUCCUACGUGCCGAGGAACCACUCUCCUACAGUUAACUUAUUGGAGAGCUCCAGCAACAGUCUUCAGGUAUUUUCAGGACAUGACAGCUGGACUUUGCCACCCUCUCCACACACUAAUUUGCUCUCAGUGCCACAGACAAAGGGAGGUGCCAGUCCUGGACCCAGCCACUACCCCUGCCUGUGGACAGUGAGCAACAGCGCUGUGAAUGUUGCCAGCCCAGGAAGCGAGGUGAACAGCAACCCUCCAAGCGUGUUUUUAAGGGGUAAUGUCCCCUUACCUGCUGCAUCAUCGGUGCAAAUCCCUCUGCAGGGAAUGGUGCCUGGCAGCAUGGAAGCACAAGGGGAAGGCACUCUCACCAGACUGUCCGACUCCACAUGGACACCCUCACACUCCUUUUAAUGGACAGGCAGCUCCUGAGGGAAGCUCAGCCAACCAAGACUGACACAAAUGGCAAAUGAUCCCCGAGGAGCGCAGUGCAGAGCAGAAUGUAUGCAGGAGAAGGAUCUCAUCACUUGCACUAAUGUACCUUCUGUGUGCCAGCUAAGCCAAAAUGCAAAGGCAGGAAAUAUGAUAGCAACCGACCUGUUACUGCAACUUUUAUGCAUCAUUCAGAGUGAUGUCCAGAAAGAAUCUUUAUAGUUAGCUUUGCUUCUAUAUCACAUUAAAAAUGGUCAGAGAUGUGGGACUGAGUGAAGCAGACGUGGCAGCUAGAUACUCAUUUUAGAAGUUCCUUCUGUAACUGACAGCCAAGUACAGGAAAAAUUGUGAGCAAGUUUGCAACUGGUCAUUUGAAGGGACAGCACUGCUUUAAAGGCUAAAUCUCAUAUAUAGAGGUUUUUACAGUAGCUGAAACUAAAGCCCCCCAGGGGAUGAAACUGGACUGAUGUCCUAAUGCCACCAGCAUUCUCUGUCCUCUUCCCUUCUCCAGCUGCUGUUCACUGUGUGUGUGCCAUGAGGACAGUGGGCACACUCAAACUGCAAAUGUGGCUGCAUUGUAGCAGCAGGGUGAAGGGCAUUUAGAGUCUGAUGUUACAGCCUUUGAAAUGGAAAGUUCCAGUGUUUCCAAUAUGUGCUCUUUUUGAAAGGGUGGGAGGAAGAGGAUUAUAGGAAAAAAGAUUCAAUUUGCAUUUCCCCUUCGCUUCAGCUAUACAGUACAAAUAAACUAUGAAUACAUGGUGUAUUAUCUCCUCAGUGCCUUUCGAAGGUGUAAACACACACACAGUCCUUCUCACCUAACAACUUCUGAGCUAUUUAAAGCAACUCUGCCAGAAGCAAGUUGACAGAACAGGAAUUUUCUAUUCCUUGUCCAGUUACUGGGUGUAAGCUCCUGGGCAUGGUAUUUCA